AUGCCUCUGCCACAAAGCAGCAGUAACAACAAAUCCACAGAUUUGUACGAGUGGCCGACGCGCCCAACCUCGCCUGCCCACGACAUGGAUAAUGACUGCGCCUGCGGUCUUAAUGAUGACAAGCCGUACAUUGAGCAGCUGCUUGUGAAGCACCUACGCUUCGCGCACGCUUUUCGUAAGAACGAUGCUGCAAUGAUCCUGCAAUUCCUGGCCAAGGACGUGACGCUCAUCUCCGUGGAUGGCGCGCGCCAUGAGGGUCAAUCGGCCGUACUCGCUUAUCUUGUAGGCGCGUGCAUGACCAAAAUCAGCUCUAAUCUGCGCGUCAAGGGCUGUCCCACGCGCUCGGGCACGUGCCAGUCUACGUUCAUCUACGAGCAUGGUGUCGUCUUUAAGGACCCACUGUACAUGGAGAUGCUGGACUGGAAGCCCCACAGUGCCACUGUUGUACGGAUAGUGCACGCUGCUAUACCCGAUGCCAAGAGCGGCAAGACCUCUCAUGAUUUCUGCAAGUCGUCACCGCUGCGACUUUCGUUUGGAACUAGGAGUUCAGGUGACGAAGAUUUAAGUGAAAUCAGCGGAGAGUCAGAUGGGAGUGCGACAAAGGAAUCUGAGAACCAUAAUGCCAAUGCAGCAGCGCCAGUAAAGGCACGAUAUCGACGUAAAAAGCCCAAGAGCUCAGCAGACCGAUGCAGCGCUGCCAUGUCGGCGGUUACGGCUGCAAGUUUGAGACUGUCGAGCAGCAGUAGCAGUCAAAGUGGAGUCAAUGAGGCGGAUAUGGAAUCAGUGCCGUCGCCUGGUGGCUCCAUGAAGUCGAUGUCGGUGAUUAAAUUGGCCGAGAUCUCUUGCAUUGGUCUGACGCCUAUUCGGAAGCGCAAGACAGUGAACCCGUUCGUGAUUGUCCGAUGUCCUAAAACAGGAGCGGUGUGGAAGAGCCCUGUGAAGCGGCGAGAUUCGAAUCCCAAGUGGAACCAUAUUCCGUUAAGGAUCCAUGCCCACAAACUCGCUAAAGUGGUGGAGAUUUCGCUUUGGGACCACACCUUCUUUCAUUCGGUCAAGGUUGCAGGAGUAGUACUUGUCGGGUCCGAUCUCUUAAAGGGCGAUGCCGAGUUCAGUACCAACAUCCAGCUGGAGAGAUUGGAUGGAGCUCGCGCAGCUGGUGAAGCUCAGUACGUGACGAUGCAGUUACGGUUUUUGCGUCCGUCCGGCGGUAGCAUCGCAGUCACCGCGGAUGAAGUGGUGCGGGACCCCGCACAGAACGACAAUAACGAGAAUGAGCUGUCAGUCGCACCGCGCUCAGCACUGAUUGCCAGCUUGAAGUGGUUGCUGGUAGAUCCUUUUAUGGACGGUCAUCACGCCAGCGUGCUGUUGAUGCUUGUCCGUGCCGCUAUAGUCGCGGUAAUUGUGUGGAAUGUGUAUCACGUCACAUUCGUGUGGCCAAAGCAGGUGUAA